GAUCGAUAGUCUUCUUCCGUAACUACUCAGACAUUGAUUUUGUGUGUUUUGUUGUUUGAAUUCGUCGAAAUAUUGUGUAUUUUUAAGAAAAUUUUACAUUCUUAGUGUUUAAAAAAUUAUGUUUUGAAUCAGUCGACCGUUUCAAAGAGCGUGUCCAUGUUUUUCUACCUGCUAAAUAAUAGCCAAUAGCGUUAACUGUCUCAUUAUCAUUUAUUAAAUGUACAUGAGAACACGGAUUGUUUGUGAAGGAGCGUUUUUUUUCAUUCAUACUUUACUGUGUCUCGAUAAAUUAAACAUUUAAUCGUUAGAGCAGGCUUUUAUUUAUUCGGCAAUACUAGUUCUGUAGCAACAGACGACUAAUUACAAACAUACUCGGAGCGAAAUGGAUGAACAAAAAGAAGAUACAAGCUGGAUUCCUGAAAAACUUCCCUCAAAAGUCGAUAAUCCGGAAGUGACGUCAACAGAUACUACUGUUACAUCAUCGUCUGGAAGUGAUCGAUUGAAACCAAAAUUAAAGAAAAGAGAAGUUUGGGGAAAGAAGAUUGAUUUCCUUUUAGCAUGCGUUGGUUUUUCCGUCGGCCUUGGUAAUGUGUGGAGAUUCCCGUUUCUGUGUUAUCGAAAUGGAGGAGGAGCAUUUUUGAUUCCCUACUUCAUAGCAGUUGUGGUAUGUGGUAUACCAUGUUUCUUCUUGGAGGUUUGUUUGGGACAGUUCAUGGCUCAGGGAGGAGUCAGCGCCUGGAAAAUAACUCCUUUGUUUCAGGGCAUAGGAUUUGCAUCUGCUAUCAUUGUAUUCCUACUCAACUGUGAAUACAAUAUAAUUCUGUCCUGGUCGCUUUAUUACCUGUUUUCCUCCUUUACUGCUGUAUUGCCUUGGUCUCAUGGAAAUAAUGAAUGGAACUCUGAGAACUGUACUAACCUUUACAAGGAAAAGUCAGUGAAUUCCACAAUUUCACUGCUUGCCAACGUCACUGCAGACGUUGAGGAUGGCAUAUCUAAUCUGUCAAAGAAGUUAUGUGAUCCUGUCACAGAAUUCUGGGAGAGAAAAGUGCUGAGUCUGUCCAGCGGUGUGGACCACCCUGGAGCCAUCAAGUGGGACCUAGCCCUCUGCCUUUUACUAGCCUGGAUCAUCGUGUAUUUCUGCAUUUGGAAGGGCAUUAAAUCCUCCGGCAAGGUUAUGUAUUUCACGGCUACUAGUCCUUACAUAUUUAUGUUGAUAUUGUUAAUCAGAGGAGUAACACUAGAUGGUGCAGAAUUAGGAUUGAAAUAUUAUUUACUUCCUGAUUGGUCAAAAUUACGUGAACCACAGGUGUGGGUGGAUGCAGGAACACAGAUUGUAUUCACGUAUUCAUUGGCUCUUGGUACUCUUACAGCCCUAGGGAGUUACAACAAAUUUCACCACAAUGCUUUCAGAGAUUCGAUUAUAUUUUCCUGUAUUAACAGUUUUACUAGCUUGUUGGCUGGUCUAGUCAUAUUUUCUGUACUCGGGUUCAUGGCUAAACGACAAGGAGUCUCAAUUGCUGAUGUCGCUGAAUCUGGUCCUGGAUUGGCCUUCAUUGCAUAUCCUGAAGCUGUUGCACAGAUGCCUGCCGCUCCAUUCUGGUCUGUUCUGUUCUUCGUUAUGAUUCUACUUCUUGGACUUGAUAGUCAGUUUGUAGGUGUAGAAGGUUUUGUAACAGCAAUUGUCGACUACUUCCCUCAUCAGCUUAGGAGAGGAAAACGGAGGGAAAUUUUCAUUGGAUGCGUUUGCAUCUUCUGCUUUACAAUUGGGCUGUCCAUGGUUACAGAGGGCGGAAUGUAUGUAUUUCAGUUAUUCGACUACUAUGCGGCCAGCAGAAUUGUUCUUGUAAUGACCUUCUUCGAGUGUGUGGUGGUAGCUUACAUCUACGGUGUUAAUCGUUUCUAUGACAACCUUCAGAUGAUGUUUGGCUACAAAUUGUCACCCUUCAUGAGUCGACUUAUGAAAGUAAUGAAGUACAUGUGGGCGAUCUUCACUCCCCUUUUCAGUAUGAUUAUAUUCAUAAUUGGAGCUAUAAGUUAUUCUGAAUUGGACUACAAGAGGAAGACAUUCACGUACCAGUAUCCUCAAUGGGCUAUUGGAGUGGGUUGGAUAUUGGCCUUAAGUUCAGUGAUAUGGGUGCCAAUAAUUUUCAUCGUCAGACUUAUCCAGACACCAGGAACAUUGAGAGAACGUUUUGUCAUUAACACAAUGCCUCGCUUGCAAAGACAUCAGAUAAGAGAGGGAGAAAAUAUGAGUAAGAUAUGUGUUAUAGAUGACGACGGAGUAGAAGAAAAUCAUAUUGCCACAUCUUCAAAUACAGAGCCAACACUUUUGUCCAACAGCAUGGAGUACGAAAAAUUCUUACAAAAAGACUCAAAUGUUUGAUAACGGCUCUGAUAACAUUGCAGUAUUUGUAUUGUGUUGGAACUUCUUUUCAUUUUAUGAUAGAAGUGUAAAUGGAAGAAGAAAUUGUGACAUAAUCAGGUUUUACUUGGGAUUUUAAUCUAUAGGUUAGACUAAUUUAACCCAACUGCCAUCAUGGCAUGUAUUAAUAACAAAAUAUAGUGUUGCAGUUAGAUCAGUAGCAUUACAAAGGAUGGUAGUUUUGUAAUAGUUUUACUUCUGGAAUCAUUAACAAUUUUUUUUCAGAAUUAGCUUAUAUUUUAAUUGAAUAAGUGAUAAUGACCACUUAAACAGUAAGGAUGAAUAGGAUUUGCUUCUAGUGUUCACGAAAGAGUAAACAAAAACAACAAUACUAUUUUAUCAUGUCAUUACAUAAUUCUUAGAAAUAAUACUACAUUUCAUUUUACUUUUUCAUGCUGACACGAUUUGCAACCUAUCUUCUACCUUGUCUUUGAAAUUUCAAAGGUUAUUGUCAAUACAUUGAUAUUUUAUGUGUUUUAAGAAUAUUAACUUUUUUUUUAUAUUCCCAAUAUCUAUGUAGCCUUGUACGGUAUAAAUGUGUCUUUCUAAGGUUAUUGUGAUAAAUAUCCAAUAUUUGAUACUUUUUACAUUGGGACAAAUUAAUAAGUAAUUUGGUAUAACGAAAUGUCAAGGUCAGUAAUGUUUUAAAUAUGUACGUCUAUCUUGUUAACUUAUUUUAGGGCAUGCUGUAAAUAGUGAUUUUUGACAUUUCAUACUUUAUUACAUUGUACCUUUUCUAUUUUAGUUGUCCCACUAUAAAUGAUAAUGACACUAUUUUAGUUGUCCUACUAUACAUCAUAAUGACAGAGAGUAAUUAUGGAAGCAGAUCUGAAGUAUUUGCAUGCGAUUUAUAAAUGUUCACCCAUUUUCACUAGAUAGUCAUGUAUACAUUCCAAUGCCAUAUAAGAGAUUUUUAUGUUUUAAUACUUUUAUGAAUUUUUUUUAUCAUUUUGUAGGAUAACAUUAACAUAUUACCCUCUGUGUUGAACAAAAAAAUAAAUAAAUGCUAUAUCUGAUGCUUUUUUACUAAGUAUAUAAAAAAAGGUUAAAAUGGGAAAAAAAUAUUUUACUAUUGAACAAAGAUUGAAGGUUGCAGUAAAAGGUCAUCAUUCAAUAAUUUUUAUAUUUGUUUUGAUAUUGGAGGUUAAUGUUUUUACUUAUCACCCAUAAUGAUUAUCCAACAGCAAAUUCAACUUAUUAGCUAAAAAUAGUAAUCUCAUAUAUUACUUAUAAAAGUUCAUUACAAGAGUUGGACUGACUUGAUAACUCAAAAGGAAUAUCCAAACAGAGAACAGAAGUCGUCAGUAUAGCAUAGUAAAAUAUUGGCAAGUUCGGAUUAAAUCAAUGCAAUGAGCUUUUUAUUAGUAUCAAAAUCAAGAGGUGUGGUAGGAUUGCCACUCUUCAUUAGUUUUUUUUUUAUAUUGAACUGUUCCAAACAGUUUAACCAACUCUGUGAAAAUUGUUUUUAUAUUUCAUCAAGUCAUUAAAAAAUGGGAAAGUUGUUUUACAUGUAAAUUGAAAUAUUUACGAUGAUUCAUGUUUCAUUGAAAAUUAUUCAUCAAUAUGAACAAUCUGUUGCAAUCUGCAUGCCUGGUGAAUGUAUGUUAUCAUAAUAUUUUAAAAGGUUUACAUAUCAAACAAUCACAAUAAAAUAAGUUAUUUGAAACUGGGAAUUUGCAUUAGAAAUAUUUUAUUUGAAAACAUCCAGAAUUAUUGGUAUAAUUUUAGAUACUGUUUAAAAACAUUGAAAUUUAGCUCGAAAUGAAAAAAAAAUAUUCAUAUCUGUUUGCAUAAUUUGAAAUUAGAUAUAAUAGUAAGCUUGUUUUCAAAACUUUUCAGUUUAACGAUGCAUGUAUCAAAAGCACAUGCAAAAUAUCUUGUCCUGAUAAUAGAAUUAAAGCUUUUUAUAGUUUUUUUUGUAAAUUUACAAGGAAAUUGCAGUAGGAAAGAAACAGCAGCAAUAUCAAAACUGUUCUUUUGGUUAUAAUUGUUGAAUAACAAAUACUAUCCUAAUGAGUGUAAUUUAAAUGUUAUUUCUUUUGUAUCAGCCAUUCAGUUUUAUAUUAGUUUUAUGCUCAAGGUCAUGCUUUUGAAUGUUUGCAAAUGUUCUUGUAAAAUGUUUUAGAAGCGACAUCGAAGAAGUUGUUUGAAAUAAAAUAUGAGUUGGUA